CACCCUAACUAGUUCACUGUAAAGCUCUACAGCGGGUCUAUAGUUCAUAGGAAAGAGCAAAAAGAAAAAUACACCAAUCCUUUGGACAGAGGUACCACUGUUUUACUUUACUGACAGACAUAACAUAAAAAAACUGGACUACUACAAUCUGGGACGCAGAUAAUUAAAAACUUUAAGGAUGCAGGAUGGGAGCCGAAAUAACACACGCCCUCUCUCAAUGCUUCUAAAGGAAGCUUGUCCCCCAGGGGGUGUGCCUAUGGAGGGAGAUGGGGGCUUGUUUUUAGAAGCAUCCUCAGAUGGCAACGUUUACCUAGCCAAUUUUGAGGGAGAUGAUGGAGACUUUUUGGAACUUUCUGCAUUCCUCAGCCAGGACGAAAUUAAUCGAAGUCUGGACCUGGCUCGAGAGGCCAUGAGUGAUGCAGAGGAUCCCUGUGAUUCGGCAGAUCCUCCAAUUACUGCUUCCUUACCCAGUGCACUGGAAUCCCCCUCAUCUCCUCAAAACACUACUCCUCAGUCUUUUACCUCAACAGAGAAUCAACUGCUUCAUUCAGAGAUCAAUGACACAACACAACAGGAUUCAAUCGACAAUACAACAUCAAAACCAGUUGAGGCUACAUUUGCUAAGGUCACAUCCAGUCAAAAUGUUCAGUUCAACAGACCCACUCAUGCCUGUGCAGGACCUGGAUCUGCAGCCUUGCCUGGUAAGUUUGCCUACAACAAACCGAUCACGCCCAUAUACAAGCAAGAACGUCCCCGGUUGGUCCAUGGUGGUCUGGAGGUCAAUGAGAGAGCUGCUUCUACCACUGAGUUUUGUAGUAGGGCUGCCACCUUCAUUGAGGAGCUUUCCUCUAUCUUCAAAGGGUCUGGCCGCUUGGAUCACCAAGAAGAAGAGGACUCGUCUUCGCCAGACAGCGGCUACCUGUCCCCGAGAAGCCAUCGCUUGGCCAUGCAGCAGGCUCAGUCCUCUUCAUCAUCCUCAUCCUUUUCUUCAUCCUCCGGGGUCCAGCAAGGGGAAGCUUUCAGAGGACAGCCAGGGAUAGAUUCAGGAGUAGCUGGGAAUGAGCAUCAGGUUGGUGAGAUCAGCAUGGAUGGGACAAUGGCUCCUCCUCGGUUCACGCAAAAGCUAAAGAGCCAAGAAGUGGCAGAGGGGAGCCCAAUUCGCCUGGAAUGCAGGGUGAUAGGGAACCCUCAGCCUCUGGUCAGGUGGUUCUGUGAGGGGCGAGAACUGCACCAUUGUCCCGAUAUUCAGAUCUGGCAGGAUGGUGACCUGCACACGCUGGUGAUUGCCGAGGCUUUCGAGGACGACACAGGCAGGUACACCUGUGUAGCCUCCAACGCUCUGGGAGCAGACAACACCUCUGCUGAGGUCUACAUCGAGGGCGCCUCAUCUUCAGACUCAGAAGGGGAAGGAUCAGUGUCCAAAUCAAAGUUGGGAACCAUGCCACAGGUUCAAAAGAAAACAGCAUCUGUGUCACUGACUAUUCGUUCUUCCUCACCAAAGAGCCCAGAUAAACCAUCCCACCGAUCCACGCUGCUCCAGCCUUUGUCCAAUUUGACCCAGAGAGUUCAGAGUCCUCUGUCCUCACAGUAUGCCAGUGAUGGAAUUCUUACAGCAGCCCCAAUGUUUACUAAGGUGUUGCAGGAAACACAGGCCUGUGAGGGGCAGGUGGUGGUUCUGGAAUGCAGAGUAAAAGGGAGCCCACCACUCCGGGUUCAGUGGUUCCGGCAGGGUCAUGAGAUUCAGGACUCCCCAGACUUCCGCAUUCUACAGAAAAAACCAAGAACUGCAGCAGAACCUGAGGAGAUCUGCACGUUGGUGAUUGCAGAAGCAUUCCCAGAAGACGGAGGCCAGUUUUGCUGCAAUGCUUCCAACCAGUGUGGCUCCAUCAGCUGCAGCGCCCAGCUCACCAUCACACCAGCUUCUGAGGAGUCGCCCAGCAAUGGCAUACCCAAAGAUGACAGCGUUUUUGAGGACAGUCAGCCAUUCCCACCUCCUCCUCCCCCUCCCACUGAGAUCAGCUUGUUGGAAGUCCCACCCAAAACUCCACCCAGUGCCGAGGCCUUUCAGAUUAAUGAGCUAGAUAUCUGGCCCAGCGUCCAGCCCUCUACGGAAGUUGAGCAUCAGUUGGAGCUCUCAAACGGGACUCUUCCUGGCACCCAUACCCCAAGCCCUCAAUCAACAGUGAUUACGAAGGAGUCUCCAUCCCCUAUUGGUGAGGCUCCACCUUCUCCAUCACCAUCUUUAACUAAAGAGGGUCCUCCACUUCCCACCAAGCCCAAACCCAAGUUAUUGUAUGCUAUAGCUGAGGACCUCUCAAAUGAAAGGAACGCAGAACAGUUACAGCAGCUCCACAAUCAGGUCCUACUAGAGCAGCAAGAGGCAGCCAAGUGGCAGCAAGUACAGCAGCACCAGCCUGAUCAGCAAGCCUCGCCAAUUCCCCAGCAACCACCCCAGGACCUCCCACCCCCAUCCCCGCCUCUUCCCCCACCCCCCUCCUUCAAGGAGUUAGAACGCAGCACCAUGCAAACCAGCACAUUUAACUACGCCCGACCAAAGCAGUUUAUUGCUGCCCAGACUCCCAGCAGCCCCAGCACUGCGUCGGUGAGCUACUCGACCCAGUCCUCCACGUCAUCAAGCUCUGGCCUGGCAUCACCGCUCUCACCCUCCACAACCCAUAAGCCAUUCGGUCGUGUCACUUUGCCUCCUUUCCAGCCACCACCUAAAGGAGGCAGUGGGGAGUCACCUGGCUCACCCUCAUUCCCCCCACCUCCUCCACCUUUUCUCAGCUCCAGCACAGUCACCUCCCCUUGUGGCCCACCUCAGGACUUCCCCCCACCACCCCCGCCCCCUCCACCACCUGUUACAAGUCCCACCCGCUCCGAUAGCUCAUCUCAAUUCAGUCCUAAGCCCCAAUCGCCUGCUGGGUUUUUAGUGUCUGUGCUGCCAACCACACCUUCAGCCCCAACAGUCAAUGCACUAGGGCUCCCUAAAGGAAAUGGCAUAGUCGGGCUUCCACGGAAGACCAACCGCACUCCGCGUAUCGCCUCUGACUCUGAGAUCCAGGACUCGAAAGAUGCUGUCAUUCAUGACCUGGAGAGGAAGCUGCGCUUCAGAGAGGAACGUGUUAGCAACGGCCAACAGAGGUUAACCUAUGAGGAGAAGAUGGCUCGAAGGCUGCUGGGGGCUGACAACGCCGCCACAGUGUUUAACACCCAGCAAACCGACGAGGAUCCAGCUACGCAGGAAAGCAGCUCAGCUGAUUCAGAAUUUGAGCCUCAAAAGGAGUAUAAAGUGUCAAGCUUCGAGCAGCGGCUGAUCAGCGAGAUCGAGUUCCGACUGGAGCGCUCUCCUGUGGAGGAGAGCGACGACGACAUCCAGCAUGAUGAGGAUCCGCUGGCUGACUGUGUGGCUCCAUUCUUUGAUCAAAAACUAAAACACUACAAAGUUUUUGAAGGCAUGUCUGUCACCUUCAGCUGCAAGGUCAUCGGAGACCCCAAGCCAAAGGUGUACUGGUUCAAAGACGGAAAACAGAUCUCAAAACGGAGCGAACACUACCGCAUCAGUCGAGACCCAGAUGGAACCUGUUCCUUGCACACAGCUGCUGCCUCUCUCGAUGAUGAUGGAAACUACACAGUCAUGGCUGGCAACCCUGGGGGCAGGGUGAGCUGCACUGGUAGGAUGAUGGUACAGGCAGUAAACCAACGAGGACGGAGCCAGCGUGCCACACCUGGCCACAUGCGCAGAGCUCGCUCCAGAUCCAGGGAUGGUGCAGAGGAGAAUGAGAACAUUCAAGAGCGCCACUUCCGUCCUCACUUUCUACAGGCUCCUGGUGACCUAAUUGUUCAAGAGGGCAGACUGUGUCGCAUGGACUGCAAGGUAAGCGGUCUGCCCACACCUGAUCUAAUCUGGCAGCUGAACGGCGUGACAAUCCGCCCAGACUCUUCCCAUAAAAUGCUGGUGAGGGAGAACGGAGUCCAUUCGUUGAUAAUCGAGCCAGUCACCAACAGAGAUGCGGGUGUUUAUACAUGCAUCGCCAGCAACAGAGCCGGACAGAACUCCUUCAAUCUGGAGCUGAUUGUAGCUGCUAAAGAGAUGCACAAAGCUCCCACCUUUAUCGAGAAGCUCCAGAACACAAGUGUUGCCGAGGGUUAUCCUGUGCGUUUGGAGUGCCGUGUUUCAGGAUCCCCGUUCCCACAGAUUUUCUGGAAGAGAGAGAAUGAGUCCAUCACUCACAACACAGACAGAAUAAGCAUGCAUCAGGACAACUUCGGCUAUCUGUGCAUGAUUAUCCAGCCAGCUUUCAAGGAAGAUGCAGGCUGGUACACAGUCUCAGCCAAGAAUGAAGCUGGCAUCGUAUCUAGCACAGCACGACUCGAUAUACACGCCCACUAUCAUCAAACGCACAUCCAAAAACCCAAGAAGAUGCGCCCUUCAACCAGCCGCUAUGCUGCUCUGACCGAACGUGGCCUGGAUGUUAAGGCAGCCUUCUUCCCUGACUCCAGCCCCCUGCCUCCUGGUGCCCUAGUGGAGAGCGACGACCUGUAGAUGCUUUAUGGCCUCUGGCCUGAUCUAUUAACCCUAACCAUUUGACCCCAGUGCCAGUGUCCCCACAGCAAUACCACAAUCACAUUACUUGUGCCCAUGGAACUUUAAACCUGUCUAAUUUCAUAUGAGCUGAAGAACUAAACUAAAGAAUACAAAAAAAUUACACUUUCUUAUGAUGGAUUUGAUUUUGCUCCAUCAUAAAAUCGGAGCACAUUUCUUUAUUCAUUUUCAGUCUGCAGUGUGGUUGCUUGAUAGGCACUGAAGUGUGGCCGUUACCAUAAAAAAAAAAAAAAAAAAAAUAAAUAAAAAAUAUCAAGCUGAUUUGAGGGAGGAGGUAUUGUACCCAUGAUCACCUUGUUCUGCCAUAGCAAAGUAUUUCACAAGUGCCUAAAUAGUAUUAACCAUCAAACGAAUGAUGCAAACUCAAUUACUCAUUCUAAAUAAAGAAGUAGUAUUUAGUUUUGCAUGGUGCCAAUAAUUAUUGCUCAGUGCCUUAGUCCUCCGGGGUUUCUGGAAAUCUGUUCAUUUUGUAGAAAAAUUUAUUUAUAUAAAAUAGGGGGAUGUGUUCAGAAUGGGGAGGGUUUAACUUACUGCUCGGGCACUUUCAAAGUCAGUCUGAAAGUCAUACUGGACUGGAAGUAGAUAGACUGAUCACACUGCCACACCCAUUCAUCCAGUCUGGAUCUACACAGUGCCAUUACUAGAUAUUGCAUGAGGCCGGGCCUUAUUUUUUUCUUCUUUUUCUUUUUGUGUUUGGUCACGAGGAAGUGUUGAAGAAAUACGUCGAAGUUGGUCGAACGUUCUGUUUCUACAGACCUGAGUGACUAGGUGAAAGAAGUCGAUGAGGAAAGGCAGAGUUGGUGUACUAAUGGCUGUAGGCGGGACUAGGUUUGGAGAACAUGAAGGGGAUUGGCUGUUGCUUUAAGGUUAUGCUGUCACUUUAUAUGGGGAGUGAAUGUGGUGUCAAAAAAAAUCAAAAGGUCAGUUUGCAACACUGCUAAUGAUGCAGCGAGUACAUUAGAGGCUAAAGUGUGUUUCUGAUUUGAAAUUUGGAAUGACAGAAAGACUUAUACAGGUGUAUUUAUCGCUUACUCUGACUGUGUACUUCAGUAAGAAGGAAAGCACUGAAGCGCAGUAUUUACAGCCAUAUGCAGUCAUUAAAUUAUAUUAGUGAUUUUUUAUGGCUUCAUCACCAGAUUCAAAAUUUACCUUUAUUUAACUUUGUAUGUAAUGCCAUUAAAGUUAUACACACCUUGCUCUUUCUUUAAUAUUAAUAUAUACACAUACACAACACCGGUACUUGUAUUACCGAAACGUAGAGUCAUCAGUUUUGAUUGGCGUAAACAUUGCACACAUUUUAAGCUUGCAUUUAUUUCAAAAUUAUAUUGGAACGUAUGAUUACAUAUGUACUCGCACAAAUCCUCUCAGUAUCUUUUGCCUUUGUUUGUUUUGUUUUGCUGUUACCUGUUUUAACGUUAAUACAUACAGACUCAUUAUGAAAUAUUCUAUUCCCAAGCCAACCUGCCUGUAUUUGGAAUGUUCUUCUGUCUGACUGUUUUGGUUCAUGAACAACCUAAAUAAAACAUAUCUUAAAUAAC